AUUUACACCCUUCCGCAUCUACGCAUGGUGUAGACUGUAUAAAUAGCUUGCAUAACGAAUUGGGUGCGGUUGCAGUAGUUUACCCUUCAAAAAACUAAAGUGACAUUUAAUUUUUGGUCAUACAAUCAACGCGUUUGAGUAUAAAAGGGGAUCCACAAAUACAGCUAAAGCCAUACUCUUCAUCCAGCUCUCAUUGAAGAACGAGGCAAAAUGAAGUAUCCGAUUGUUUGCAUGUUGGUGUUGUUGGCUGUGGCCAACACCCUGGCUCAGUACUCCAGCCACCCGGGGUCAAAUCCCAUGCUACCCUUCAAUCCUCCCGUUUCCCAACAAGGAGCAGUGAACACGCAAAUGUGGCACGCCCAGGACGAGUUGGGUAGGGCUAGUUUCGGUUACGCCUACCCUGGGCAGGCUGCCGCCAAUUACCGUGACGCUGCCGGUAACAUGCUGGUCGGCUCCUGGAGUUACAUCAACCCGAAUGGCAAAUUGGUCGCCACUUCGUACGUGGCCGAUCACCGAGGCUACCGCGUUCAAUCCAACGACUUGCCCGUCGCUCCCGUAGACACUUCGGCUGCAGUAGUUGCCCCUCCUACGACUAAGGACGUUUCCAAGGAGAUUAAACCCGUUAUCGCCGAUACGAGUAGGAAAUCCUUUUCUAAGGAUCUUACCGACGUGACGGUUGCCGACGACUAUCAAUGUCUUACACGCCGCCGGAAGCGUCAAACCGACCAAUUCCCAGGUGCUGUCUUCCGGAUGGUAGCCAGCCCCAUAACUCCGAAGAAUAAAUACCCUUUCAUGGUUGCGCUGGUUACAUUAAGUAAGAAUAAGAAACGGUCCCAGCACGCUUGCGGAGCAUCUUUGAUUUCCUCGACCAAACUCCUGACUGCGGCUCACUGCAUAACACUAGGCGAUACGAAUCAGUUUGACGGUCGUAGUUACCAGGCCAAUUUUGGGCAGCAAUUCCGCAACGCCACGACAACCGAUGCCCAGAUGACGAGAGACGUCGUUGCUUAUGUAAUUCACGAAGCCUACGAACCUCUGUCGAAGAGGAACGACGUGGCCAUCCUGACGCUGGAUUCACCCGUGGAAUUCACCGAGAACAUCUCGCCGAUUUGCUUGCCACAAAAGUGCAUGGACGUCAAGUUUGUCGGCAGGAGUGUGACGGCCAUGGGGUGGGGCUACAUGAAGGAAGAUUCUGGCAUGGAAUCUGACUACCUUCGAAGCGCUUCGCUCGACGUCAUUUCAAAUGCAAAAUGCCAAGAAACCAACGGUGCUCUUAUAGAUCGUGAGUUUUGCGCCUACAAGGAGGGGAAAGGCACAUGUCAAGGUGACAGCGGCGGCCCAUUGAUCACCGAUCACGGAAGUGACGAUCUCAAUUGCCGAUUCGUUCAGGUUGGCAUCGUCAGCUCUGGAUUUGGAUGCGCAAGGAAAGGAGUACCCGGCGUAUACAUGAAAGUGACGUCAUUUGUUUCUUGGAUCAAGAAAUACCUUUAUUUACAAAACUAAAGAGAGGUGGUGCAGCAAUCGGCACUUGAAAUCCGGACGCGACUGUUGUCAUAUGUCGACUUUUUCAUUGAAUUCAUUCACCAAUAAUGCAAUGUCUAGCCGUGGUUGCAAUUAGUCGUGGAGCAGUUCCAAUUCGAACACUAACCUACUUUGUUUCCGUCCGUUUCCUGUGACGCAUGUGUCCAACAUAUUUUUUCCCCCAUCUAAUUUUUA